AUGGAGGAGAGAUGGCGCGGAGAGAAGAUGCGCGCGUGUGGUGGCGGUGGUGCUGCUGGUCCAGGAGUGGGAGAAGGCGGAGGGCAGGGGUAUCUGUCUGGUGAAUCGUUGGUGCGUUCUGCAAAGGAGAGGGCGGAGGGGGGUAAGGGGAGGAGCGAUCACGCGGAGGAGAGCGAGAGGGCAGCAUGGGGCAUGCUGGGGAGCGUGAUUAAGAUGAUUGCAUGCCUCCAUGCCGCCAUGCACAUGAGGGGGGCAUACGGACGAGGGCACAGCGCUGGAGAAGUGAAGCAGGCAGAGGAUGCGGCCAGCAACAGCAAGGUCAGUGCGCCCCUCCUCGCCUCCUCUCUUCUCUGCUCCUACCCGGGUGCGGAGAAGAAGGACAUAGUGGGGGUGCAGGAGCAGGCGUGUGUGCACAAGGUGAUAGAGCUGCGCGACAAGUAUCUGCAACACGGCAACCACGGCUUCCUCAACCACUCGCUCUUCCACAAGGUCGCCCCCCGCCCCUCUUUGGGGCAGGGCGAGCAGGCGUUGAAGGAGGCGUUUGAGACGUGUUGCAGCAAGGGCGUGGGCGGCAGCACGAGUGCGAGCUGCUGGCGACGUGCUGCUGGCAACAGCCCGCUCUGCUCAACAAGGGCGGCAGCAAGAAGCUCAGCGACCAGGCCAUCCAACACGCUCGAACAGGUGCAAGCGCAAGAAGGCGGAGGGGGGGGAGGGGGUGUGCAGAGAGAAGGGGGAGAGGAGGGGGGUAAGAGUGGUGGCAAGGAGGGGAAGGGGGCCUCAGUCCUACUGCGGCUGGAGGAGGCGAGAAGCACAAGGCGCACGCCUAGUUCACCUGCAGCCAUGGGUGGCGCAGGAGCGGGUGGGGCGGGCAGUGGCGGCGCGGGCAUGGUGUGCGAUGGCGCACUGGGCAACGACCUGCCGCUCUUCAACCACCACAAGGGCACCCCCCUCAACGUGCACCCCCCUCAACGUGCCGCAGACGCCAUAAUAGUGGACGAGGCGUCGAUGCUGGAUGUGCCGCUGGUGGCAGCGCUGCUAGCAGCAUGCCCUCAGCUCUGCCGGAUUCUCUUCGUGGGGGACAAGGACCAGCUGCCGCCCGUCGGACCCGGCAACUUCCUCGCCCUUAUCACCGGGUGCAUGCUCCCUGCUCCGUGUGCCAUAAGCCAUGUGCCACGCGCGUUGCACCCCCUCUCAUCCCUGUGUUUCUUCUCGUCCUUACAAUAG